GCCAAACGACAACUGAGCAAUGGGCGACGACGCCCACACAGCCAACGAUGCAGCCAUCGACGCCUGGCUGGGCGGCGUGGGGCUGGCAACGACCGCGUCGCCGAAGAAGCUCAGCUCGUUCCAGCGCCACCAGCUCAAGCAGAAGAGCGAGCUGCUGUAUCUGCAGACCAAGGUCGCCGAGCUUCAAGAGCAAGUCCGCGUCCUAAAAGAGUCGGCCGAGCUCACUGCCAUGAUUCAGCCGCCGUCGCUCUGGGAGCAGCUCGCAAAGCGGGAGCGCAAGCGCCGGCUCCAAGCCGUGCGCGAGAACGAUAGGCUACAAGCCACCCUGCAGGAUCAGGUCAAGUUUGCCGAGUCCCUCGCGGCGAUCGUGCGCAAGCGGCCACGCCUCUCGCUCUUUGGCGCCGCAUGCGAAAAGCCGUGGAAAACCGCGGGCCUGGGUCUGCGCCACGAAGACCGCGUCGGCGCAGCCCAUGCAUUGCUUGACGAAGAGUACGCGUUCCUUGACAGCGCCUACAUUGAAGCGCGGCUCGUCGACUCGACGCACGACCACCGCCAGUACCUCGCGCACGUUGUGCAUGGCGCUGUUGAAGUCCACACGAUUCUGCAGUGGACGAUGCAUACGGCGGCCGAGACUGCCUUCCGCUGCGUCUGGGAUGUCAUGCGCGGCGCGUACCCUGUUCGGUGCGUCGGUGGCCUCUACACGCAACUCGAAGAGCUCGACGAAAGCACCUCGCACGUACACAGCGUGUGCCACUACACGGUGGGAACCAUGCUUCGGCGCGUCGUCAUGCGCCGGUACAUGGAGCCGUCUGGUCGCUGCGUGAUUGUCGCGCGCAACAUCACGAGCGACGCGCUGCACCCGACCGAGCCAGGCCUUGACAUCUCGGAAGAAGUUUCGUGGCUCGUGCUCGAGCCCAGCGAGAGAGCUGUCGCUGUCAAGUACUUUCAAAAGUCCAAGCCAGCGUUCAGGGACUUUCGACCCGCCGAGAUCCAAGAGCCCGAAAGCAAGUACCUCAUGGAGCUCUACGGGAGCUACUGCGACGGCUUUAUUGCGACCAUGGAGAGCCUCGUCGAUGGCGACACGAGCGGCGGCAGCUCGUCCGAGGAGUCGCACUGA